AUGGCGGCCGCUCCUAAGAGCGCUAUAAAGAGAACCAUACAUAGCCCUGGGUUUUUUUGUGCGUUAAAUACGCAAUCUACGGCAGAUUUCUACCUCCCCAGAAAGAGAACGAGGAAGACACUAGGAGGCGGCCAACUCUAUUCGGUGGAAAGAGUUAUCGCCAGUCGAACAUCGAAAGAGGUAAGUAUAACUGUAUAAAUUGUAUAUUGUUAAUAUAUAAAAAAUAUGUAUACUCUUUGGUGUUUGGUUCAACCGGCAAAUAUAUUACAUUUCAUAUUGUAAUUUAUUUCAAAUUUAAGGGUAAAGAAUUUCUGGUAAAGUGGCUGGGUUACAGCUCAUUUGAGUCGACGUGGGAGCCACUGGAACAUCUGACGGAGGAAUGUAUUAGGCAAGUAUUUAUAAAAUAAACAUCUUGAUAAUUGUUAUGUUAUGUGCUACUCCGAGUUACGAGCCAUACAGGACAAAUCAAGAAAACUCUACAUGGCCUGGCUGGGAUUCGAACCCACAAGUCUCGAUAUCGAAGAAACUAGAUUCAGUUUCGAAAUAUCAAAAACCCUUGUAGUACCAUGAUUCAACUAUCUGUUCCCAACUUGACCUGCAGCUCAGUUGGUAAAGCAUCGGACUGGUAAACUGAAGGUCAUGGUUUCGAAUCCCAGCCGAGCCACUUGAGUGGGGUUUUCUCCACUUGUCUGGUACUGCUCGUAAUUCGGAGUAGCACCUAACAUCACAAUAAUUAUCCACUUAAAUUCGCUCUCCCUCAACAAUUGUUCAUACAUCUUGAUAUUCCUUCCACUAAUUUUACUCCAAAUAACAUGUUAGCCUUAUUAGUUAAGAGUACUGUUAAACAGUUUGCAUGCAUUACAGGUUAAGUUGCUUUACAUUUUGAAUAUGUUGUUCAUAAAUUUAUGUAAUUUAACCCUGGUUUUUGACAGGUACUUCAAUGAACCAACCCCUCCCAGGAAUGUUGUGUUGAACGAAGUCAGUCGGCUCAGAGUGGCUGUUCACCAGUCACUAAACAACCCACGGACAAGAUCACGAAUGACCGUGGAGUUCCGUCAGGAUGUUUUUUCCUUUUUGUUUAUGGGAAAGGGGACAAAACAUGGACUCUGGUUUCUGCUAGAGAAAAAAGAUUUUGA